GGGAAGGGUGUGUUUCUGUCAGUAUGUUUCACAGCAACUGAGAACAAAUCAAUGGGAAUAGCAACGUCUACAUUUGUGUCUUUACUGUAGAUAACAGCUCACCCAGUCGACAUGUAAUGUCCGGACCGAGAGCCAUUAAAGGCACAGUGACUUAAUUCAUGUUAGAAGCCCCUCAGACAUCAGGACGGAGGCUGUCACGUUAACGAACCUGAAAGCAGAACAGUGAGAAUGCUUGGCACCCUUUGUCUUCCUGAGUUCACUUUCAGUUCUCGGUCAUCCACACUGUGCGAUCCCUCUUUAUUAUAUUCGCUGGAAUUUACUGUAUCAUGAGCAGUUUGUUCAUAGAUGAUGGAGCCAAUGAACUGCAGACUGCAGACAUUCAGUCACAGCCUGCUGACCCACCGUGUCCCUCUAUUAUUGAUCUUCCCACACUGGAAGAUGGUGAGUGUUACCAUGUCUUCAUUAGCUAUAGCAGCACCGACUACCAGUGGACCCACUCCCUCAUCGGCCAGCUGGAGUCCUGCGGCUUGCAGGUCUGCUACCAUGAACGUGACUUCACUCCGGGCCGCACCGUGUUGGAAAACAUGUCCGACUGCAUCCAGGAGAGCCAGAAGGUCCUGCUGGUUCUCAGCCUGGAGUUUGUGAGGAGCCGCUGGUGUCUCCUGGAGGCCAACAUGUCUUUGUUCAGAGACUGCCUGGAGAGGAAGCCCAUUGUCCCGGUGCUGCUGGAGCCAGGAGUCUCUGUUCCUCUUCACCUCUGCCACCUCACCUACCUGGAGGCCAACGAUCCAGACUUCAAGGACAAGCUGCUCAAGGUGCUGUGCACCCCCAACCAACAGCUGAGAGGGUCCACUGUGGUGCCCUUCCAGCCUCCUUCUAUCUACAAUGGGAAGGCCCUACAGCCUUUGAUUGCUGUCAAUGAUGAGGGACUCAACAAAUGGGACUGUGGUCAGUUCAGUGACAUGGAGGUGCCGGACCAACUGCAUCUGAUCAUUCAGGACCACGAGAAGUACCGAAAGGCUGUGAGGAUGAUCAACAGUGUCUCUCAAAAUAAAGUGUGGUUUCGCCCACUCUGGGUUAGAGUACUGAUCUACAUUACAGGCGUACUAUAUUUUUUGAUCUUGAUGACUUUUUCGUCAUUUUUGACAUUCACAUUUUGUUCUAGCUAUCCUGUCUAUCCUUUCCAUCCUGUCCAUCCUUUGCCCCCAAACCAUUACGUAUACCUUAUUGGAGUAUGGGUGAUCACUAUUUCUAGUUUCUACUGUGUUCCUUUGGGGUUGUUCAUUCAGAUUGUUCUCUGGAAGAAUGGUGAUGUGAAGUACAUUGUGAGAGAAAUGCAGAACGCUAUAUGCCAGGCAAACAUAAUCCUCUACGAGGAGAAGGUGUUAAUGGGCUGUCGGUCCAAUUUAAAACAAAUCUAUCUGGUGUACGUUAGUCUGGACGGUUGCAAACAAGAGUUUGCAGAAACAUUUUCUGAGCAGGGUUGUGCGGAGGAUAUGUUUCAGAGAGCCCUGACUUUCUUCUCAUCAGGUUACGCCUGCUGCCUUGCUAAAAGGCACUUUCCCUUUCCUCAGCCCAGCUCCACUGGUCACCUGGAGGGAAGGGUGUGUUUCUGUCAGUAUGUUUCACAGAAGCUGAGAACAAAUCAAUGGGAAUAGCAGUAACAGUAUAUACCUGGAAUGGGACAGCUAGUAACUGUAUAAUGACAUUUAUAUACAAUACCUAUUCCUAAGCAUUUAAUUCCCUGUUUAUGACAUCAAUUUCCAUGUUUUCUCCCAAUCAAGUAGAGACACAACACAGACAGGGUGAAAGAAAAUGUGUAUAUUAUGAUGUUAUAUAAUAUAUUUUACUCAACUUUUUUUUGUUGUUAAUCACACUGCUUCAAUUGUUAAGUAUAAUUGUCAAUAUAAUUGUUUCCCCAAAGCUCCAAGCUUGGGACUCUUUUGUUUAAAAAUCUCCUUCCACUGUCUCAAAUUAUGGAAAACAACAAAAAUAAAUUACCAGAAUUAUACAGAUUAUCUAAUCUAAUGUACCUAACCAUUUCCCAAGGGGACUGUGAUCCAAUAAAAGUACUAAGUAAGUGCAUUGAACAAAUCAACAUUUGGAUAUGCCAGAAUUUUCAUCAACAAAAUGCAAAAGAAAGGCCAUUCAAUUAAAGUUCUGUGAUUAACUUUAAUCGUCAAUGUUAAUAAAACAUAAUUAAUAAAAAUAAUAAUUUACAAUUACAAAGUCAACCUAACAAUUAAUUAAGGAUUCAUUUAGUUUUGUUUAUUUGAUAUGGACAUCUCAGUAGCAUUACAAUUGUGAAAACUAUUUACAACACCUGUAAACACCACAGGAGACUUUUUCAGUUUGAAAGAAAAUACAUUCACAAAUAACACAUUUAAUAACGCUAUUAAAUAAAUUAUAAUUGAGUUGCAUUUUCAAUUCAGUUGUUUGACAGUUUUAGGAUUUUGUUCCUUUAAUAGAUGAAAAGAAGAUGACAGAAAAUGCUUUAAAUUGAGUAGCUUAUGAAGCUUUCAAAGCUGAACAGUUUUUGAAAAUGUGACAAUUGUGCCACCUAAUUUUUUUUGAAUAAUUGUCAUUGUCUGGUUAUAUGAUGUGUUAUAGUUUAUGACUUAUGACCAAGUAGUGAUGCAUUAUAUUAGG